GCACUCACUAUGACGUUACUACAGUUGUGAUGCCGCCACCAUUCAUACAACUUCAUCAAAAACGAAUUUACUUUAGCAACAAUUUAAAAUACGAGCCCGCCAAUAUGUAAUUUUCAACAUUGAACCGAAUUAAGCCGGUUUUUGAUGUGUACGUGUUUGUUCAAAAUAUACUUUCCCAAUUGUAAUUUCAGUGUGUCAGUUUUACAAAAACAAACUUUUGGAUUUUAUUUCUUUUCAGAUUAAGAGGAAAAAAAUCAUGGCGAGAAAACUACACCGUCUUUACGAAUAUCAGUUUUUUGAGUGUUGAGUUUUUUAAACUUUUUUCAAACUGUGGUUAAGUGUGAUUAAUUGAACGAACAUUUUUAGUGACUUGAGAUUUUAUACACAAAUUAUUUUUUUUUUAAAUGAGUGCGGGCACCGAAACAACCUCUUAAAAUUGUGUGUAAUGAAUAAUUUGAUGCGAUGGGUAAUAUUGUUGAGAGCAAUGUGACAAACUUGCCGCCUGUGAAAAAUGGCGGAUUGUUCUUUUUCGAGAUGUAUUCAACAAAGAAGGAACAUUAGAAGAGAGUUGCAAAGAUGGACAAAAAACAUGGUUCAUAUAGUCGGGUUGGAACGGAUCGCUGAAGAGUUGAUGGGCCGUAGGAAAUGGAAUCUGUAUCAAGAAUCCAUGUCGAGAAGUUAUCUGCAACCAUUGAACAACAAUAUAAAAAGAACAAACUCCCAAGUCGACAUAGAAGACGAGUACCAAAAAGAAUCAGCCAAGUCCAUACGUCUACAAGCCCAAACCGUCGAAGUAGAGUUGGACAAAGGCGCACAAGUGAACGGAAUAGAAACGGGUGGAGAAAAAGGAAAAGGGGAACAGCAAAAAAUAAAGGGGGAAUACCAAAAGGAAAACGAGAAGGAUAUAGAGAAACUGAAAGACUGGACGCCGCAAACCAAGUGUCAUUUUUGUGUGGACGGCAAGCUGGAUAGUGAACAUACUACCCACGGGGUUUUGAGUCCCCGCCUUUCGGACUCGGAAACUUCCGACAGUCAUAGCGACGGCGAAGUACCGACAUCUUUAUUACCUACCUCUAGGGGGUUGCUCAACAAUAAUCACCAUCACAGAUCCAGCAUUCAGCACUCACUGCCACCACAAACGGCAAUGACAACGAUCGAAAACAUGUCUAUGGCCGCGCUAGCAGUAGCGGCUUUAUCUGGGGGCCCCAGUCCCGUAGGAACCCCUACCCCCAAUUUACCCUUCUACAACCCCACUCUCCUUAACCCGAAUUGGUACCUGGCGAACGUUGCGAGAUCGUUCCAUACUGCGGCGACGUUGAACGACGCCGAGAAAAGUAAUGGAGGAUCAAACAAUGCGGCUGGAGAACAACCAUUGGACCUAAGUAAAGGUUCCGUUAAUAAUAAUAGCAGCGUUACAACACACGAGCAGAAAGUGGGGACUGCAAACCAUGCUAGAUUGCCUACCUUAGAUUCCAGGCAUAUAUUCAAUUCUGAUUUCAGAGCGAAACCUAGAAUGUCCGCCGUUGCAGGCCGACGAACUUACACAGAGGACGAACUUCAAGCGGCCCUCAGAGACAUACAAUCGGGAAAAUUGGGUACUAGACGAGCAGCCGUAAUUUAUGGGAUUCCCAGAUCGACGUUACGCAACAAAGUGUAUAAGUUAGCUCUGGAAAAAGAGAGGGAAUCGCAUCUAAAUAGCACAACGCCGAUAGAAGAAGAAGCUAUGGAAGAUGAAAAAGAUUUAUCCGGAACGGAGGAAGAAAAAGAAGUAGAAAAAGCUUUAGAAGCUCCUCUACUAUCUAUGGAAGAUCUGUUUAGAUUUAGUGCUGGUAGAGAGAUUCCCGACACAUUGAAAACACUUCUCCAAAAGGGUGGUUUAGAUCAAACCGAAAUGCCCUACCUUCAAAACUUCCUCCUCGCCUCCCAAUCGAUGCUCCCCCAUAAACCCCCCGACGGCUCAAUUGUCUCAAAUAUGAUACCCGAGUUAAUGAAACGAAUGAUCACCGAAGAUCAGUUGAUGAAGAUGCAAAAUAACGGAGCCAGCGAAAAGCUUAUUUCGAGGCCGAGUCCGAGUAACUCGGUGAUAACGAAAUGUGAGAGAACUAAAUCAGAAUCCGAUAUGGAAACUGAAGAUUCUCCAUCAAAUGUGAUACUUAAAAUUCCGUCCUACAAACCGACGACAUCAAAUAAAAAUGGAAGCGAUCCCGUUAGAAAUCAAAUCGAACCUACAGCUGGAAGCAUAAUCUCUCCCCCCGUAACCAGCGAGUCCGGAUCUCCACCAAUACUACCUUCAAAAGGUCACAUAAUAAAAGACGUUAAAGACGUGAUAGCUCAAAGUAUUAGUCAAAAAUUCCAACAGUCUAUGGAACCAAGAAGGCCAAUGCUAGAUAUUGAAUUCAAACGCGGAGGAUUUACACCCCCAUUAGGAGCUGGAAUUUCCGUUAUAAAAACUCAACAUGAUAUCAACAGACAAUUUCAACACCAACAACAGCAACCACCAAAACCUCAAACUAAUAACGCUCCAACUGGUGGAAAAGGUACAAGACCCAAAAGAGGAAAAUACCGAAAUUACGAUCGAGACAGUUUAGUGGAAGCUGUACGCGCCGUUCAAAGAGGUGAAAUGUCAGUCCAUCGUGCAGGCAGUUACUACGGAGUACCUCAUUCCACCCUCGAAUACAAAGUAAAAGAAAGGCAUUUGAUGCGACCUCGCAAGCGCGAUCCAAAACCAAAUCCAGUUGACGAAAAAAUUGCCAGUCUCAAACAAAACGACAUACGAAAUUCCCAAGAUAAACUCAAGCCUCUAAUGAAACCACCGCAGAAGUUUUCGCCAACUUCGCCUAAUGGAAUGAAGUUGCCAUUAUUUGAAGCCGGUAUGGCACCUUUAGCGGGAUAUAACGCUCCUCCUUUCCCUUUUUGGGCACCCCCGGGAUUUCCUCCUAUUUUAGAUUAUACGAGGGCUCCAACAUCACCAUUUCCCGGUCCGAAUACGGAGUUUUUUGCAUCUCAAAUGAUGCAAAAACUUCAAGAAGACUCUUCAAGGUCAACACCUCAAGCCUCAUCUGCUCCACCACUAUCUAAAAACGCAAGGCAACGAGCGGAAGCUUUAUUAGACGGUGGUUCAGCAAACGGUUCAUUUCUCGAUGGUAUUAUAAGAUCGAGUUUGGAAUCUGGUGUUCCCGGAAACGAAGAUAAAUCUUUGAAUGAAGAUAAAAACGUCGCUCCGGAAAAUAUGUCGAAUAAAGCGCUAUUGGAUCAAUUGUGUAGAAAUAGUAGACUAACACCAUUAUCCAAACCAACUACUUUAGACGGGACUCAUAGUUCGGAAGACGAAUCGUGUCGAAAAAGUAUGAGCCCCUUAAAUUUCGUCACAGGCGAAACUUCCCGAGAUGAAAACAUUGACGAUGACUCAUCAUCUCGAUUUGACAAAGACAUUUCGGAGGUUCAUACGAUUGAACUUUCGAAUGACUCAAAUACGUCGAGCGAAAGAAAAAUAAUUGACGAAGACCGAAAGCAGCAACCUAGAAUUUUCUUAAAACAGGACCUUGUGAAACCCGAAAAUUUGAAACCAGAAAUGUUGGUGCGCUUUCGAGAGGUCCUGCCGGAACUAGACCAUAAUGGAAUGGCGGAAAGUGCGCCCAGUAGUGCCUCGGAGACAGACGGGCCACAAGACUGACAUCAACCCGAAACGUUAGUACCUAUCGUAAGUGACAGAAUUUUAUCCUGAAGACGUACUUUCUUAAAAGAAGAAAAAAAUAUAUAGAUAUAUAUAUAUAUAGAAAUAUAUAGAUAACAAAAUUUCCAUGUUGGAAAAAAAUACGUGGUUGUAAGUAAAAAAAAUGAGCUCGAUAUAUGACGGUGUUUGUUGAUGAUAAUAAUAAAUUAUUGUUUUUAUUCUGUUCAAUUACUCUUUUUUUUGUAGUAGUAGUAGUGGAAUCAACUGUAUAUUUUAUUUCGGUAACGGUCUUCAUUUACACCGAUUUAAAAUUUUAUUUUUGAUUCCAUUACGAGAUAGGUUUUUUGCUAACCAUCAAAGCAGUCAACUGUAUAUUAGAUGUUUUUAACUAUUCUAAACAAAUGUAAUCAAAUUGCAAAUUACACAAAAUACGUGAAAAAGUCAAACGAUUUUUUUUUAUAUUUCCAUAUCAAACUAAUUGAAAAAGAGUAAAAUAUUUAACUUAUGUUAAGAAGUUAUGUUUACAAACUCCUAUGAAGCAAUAAUUUUUAAACACGAAUAUUAAUAAAUUAAAACGUAUUUAAUCGCGGAUUUGAAACAAUUAAUUCUCAUAAAUUAUCACAGUAUCUUCGGAAUCAUAAUUGCAAAUAGGUUAAAAUGUGUUUAGGUAAAUUUUUCAAUAAUUUUGAAUUUUUUUCUCAUACUUUGUAUAUUUUUCAUCGUAAUAUUUUGCUUUGGAACUUUGAUUUUUUUUGGGGAACUUAUUGAUCGAGAGUUUACACUUUUUGGCAAUUCAUAUCAUUAAACUAACCUAAAAAUCAUUUUCUCCAUGGAAAUUCCUAGCUAUACAGAAAUUUCUCAAUAUUUUCCUCUCUCUAGAUGCUUCUCCCUUCCAAGCGAAAUGUUUUCAGGAUCUUAUUGGCGAACGAGCUCGCAGCUGUCCAAGCCAUCUCCGAUAGCUCCCUUCAACAUAUUUACCUUUCCUCACUUUUAUAAAGAAAAUUGUAAUCAUAUUCUUCAAGUUUUCUAUUUUCAUAUCUUCUAUCCCGUUAGAAUUACGGCAAUUAUAUUUUCUCAAUAUUUCUUCAAGCAUUGUUAUUUUCUCUUUUCCUUUUCUUUAGCUUACCAAAUCGUUUUUGCCCUCUAUUUUGAACUGUUUUCUCUUUAUUAUUUCUUAUUCGAUACUUUCUGCUAACAUAAUUUUGCUUUUGGAUAUAUUUAUAAGUACCCAGCUUUCUCUAGAAUGUAUAAAACACUCUUUUCACAUAUAAUAUUAAUUUCAAGUUGUUGGGUGUUCUGGUAAUCCAACUAUUUUGGUUUCUCAAUGACUUGGGAAGUGAGUCCGUUAUGUCUGCAGAGAGCUAAGGCUCUCAUAAAUUGUACUUAUCUUAGCGAUUAACUACUCCACUCAAACACCUAACCUAAUCUAACCACUCAAACAGACGCGAAAUUUAGUUGCAGACUGGUUUCUUUAACCAGACAUUGUCAUCUAGGAUGCCAUCUCUUUGCUUUAGAUCCCACGGACGAUCAUGAUGAAGUUACGCCGUUGAUGAGUGUUCAGCACUCACAAGUGAUACAUUAUAUUGUAAAUGAAUUUGUUUAUAAUACGCUUUCUUUUUGAAAAUGAUCAGAAUAUUGAAAAAUGUCAAUAAUGUGCCCAAAAAAACAAUGUUCUAUGCUAAAAAAAUACAAACUCAUGUCCAACAACCUAAAAAUAUAGAGGGUGGAAAAAGAAAACUAUAGAAAAACUAUUAUCUGGAAAGAAUUUCUUGCUAAUGAAUAUAUGAAGCAAUUAAUGUAUCUAAAAACUCUGAAAUAAUUAUCUUUCUAUUUGAGUUUCAUAUAUAUAUGAUAGUACACAUUUGUAGACUUGAUAGUACGUCUAAAAAUUUGCUUUUCCUUCCCGACUGUUUUUGUUGUUAUCGUCUCAAUUCACUCGGUAUCUGCCACUCAUUUCUUGUCCUUUAGCGAGGGUAUUUCCAGUGUUUCGUGGUAAAAUCUUAUGAUGCAGCAGGUGGUUAAUUACCUGUACAGUCAGCUUGGUAGAUUUACUGAUUUGUUUUUUGAAUGCUCGAGUGUUUAUCCAUGAUUAUCAAGAGUUUUAAGAUCAAUGAUUUUGGUGCUUGAAACACUGAAUCAUAUCUUUUAUAUUAUAAGUAGCUCUAAUACUUGAAUCUAAUUUCACUUUCAGUCUCCCAGCUUCUUAUUUCAAAACAUUUUUCAAUAGGUGCUUCAUAGUUUGAAAGUGAUGCAUUUAUUUGACUCUUAGGUCUUUAACACCUGUGCGCACCAUCUUUUCCUUGGUGUUCCUUUUCCUUGUUCUCUGUAAGUGACUUAGCCAGUUUUGGAUCUUGUUAUUUUGCUUAGUUCUACUUCUCCAAAUGAAUUCUUCUUCUCCUUUUAGCCCCUGGUAUCCCCUUGAGUGCUUUCCUCACCUAUAUAUCCAACUUCACUUCUUCUGCUUUGUUAAGAAUCCACGUUUCGUCUUCUUAGCUCACUGUAGGUCUUAUUAUUACUUUGUACAGAUGUAGCUUUGCCUUUUUCAAGAUUUACCAUAUUUCCACCAUAUUUAAUCAAUUCUGAUUGUAUUUCGUCGUCUCCUGAGGAUUUACCAUUCUUUUGCUUCUGUAUUAAUUCCGGUAUUGUCCUCCAUCGUUUUCUGCAUUCAAUAUUUCUUUGUAGUGAUCUUUGUGAUUAGUUCCAUCCAUUAAUAUUUCCUCGUCCUUUAUAUACAUGGUCAUCUGAUCAGAUCGUUCCCCUUUGUAUAUUAUUUCUCUGUAGAAAUAUACAGGGUGUCCCACGACACGACAAUGCAAAUCUCUACGUUUGGGUUUUCGGAUACGAUAUUUUUAACUAAAAUAUAUUCAAAGAUGUCUGACUUCCAGUUCUAUCUAUUCUAUCUACUGGGAGAAUUUCUUUACUACGGAGAGACCAGUCCUGCAGGAGAAGACAUUGAAGAAACUAUGACGAGCACGAAAUUCCUCUUCGAAGAAAUACUCGAGAGUGAUGAUGAAAUCGACUAGAUUGCAAUUGAUUUCUUAUAUUCGAUUUUUUAUAUUUUCUCUAUUUUUGAUAAAUUUUUAAGUAAAGUUCUUUUGUAGGUUAGGAAACAUCAUAUUUAAGCUUUUUAGAAGGUAAUUUCCUGCUCAGCAUUUUUUUUUUUUAGAAAUUUACCUCUAAAUUUGUGAGUUAUCUGUAAAAAAUAUACUGUUGAAAAAAUCCAGUAACACGAAAUUCGCUUUUUGUAAAAGUAAUUUUAGGAAAAAAUCACAAGAAACCUUUUUUGUAAAAAAUUUUUUAUACUACAUUUUUGAUCCCCUUACUUUUUUCGAAAUUCGGCAUAGAUUCCGAGUUAUUUGCAAAAUUCGAAAUUUUGAAAAUUUAAACAAAAAUAUAUCGCUUAGCGGCCAAAAUUUUGAUAUUAACUUUUACUGUAUCGAUAGAGCACAAACUAAUUUUCAUUAAUUUUCAAAUUAUUCAAAUUAUAAUUAUUCAAAAAGAGUACGUUUAGACUUGUUUCAGCAUAUUUUCCAGUUGAUUACAUUUUCUAUCGGUUUGAAAAUUAUUUUUGUUAUUACUUUUAUAAAGAUCGUCUGAUUGGCUCCAUGUGAGCAAUUUAUAAACAUAAUUAUAGAGAAUAUUUGUGAUUAAAGUGCCUUCUGUUGCCUUUUUUUUGGUUUUUUUUUUCUUGAAAAAUGUGUACGAAAACUAUAAAAAUUGGUAUAGAUUCUAGACCAUCUUGUAGAUUUCGUAUAAUGCAACACAUUAUACGAAAUUAAAUUUAAAAAACAAAUUUCUAAUUUUCAUGAUUUCUUUUUAUUUUAUAUUUUUUUAUAUACACAGCGGAACAGUUUCACCUUGAAAAAUUAAAGUUUGACUUUCUUACGUUGAUAAAUGUUUAUUGUUCGGUGUUUUUGGCAUGCCCCAACAUAUAAAUGUCUCUUCUAUGUGUCCUCGACGUGAAAUAUACCUCAUCCUGUAUAGAAUAUACCUAAAGACUAGUACAUAACCAUUUUGUUAAUGGAAACUUGAUGAAAAAUUGAUAAUUUGUUCAUUUAAUUUCAAAAUGUUGUUAAAAAAAAUGAUUGUCGCAAUAUAUUUUAUCAAUUAGAUGUUAGAGUAAAAGUUGACAAACUUAUGAAUAUUACACAAACGGAAAAAGAUAAAAAACUCUCAUUACCUAUAACAAACUUUCGAAAAUCUUUUUUCUAAUUUCGUCCGUUAGUGAGAUAUUUAGUUGUUUCCAUACUACUAAUUGUGAAUAAUAGUUAUGUACUAUGAAUCUUAAAACUGCUUUGAUGAUAAGAUUUAUCAUAUAUAUAUCGAAAAACCCUCGGGAUACUCCCAAAAAUUGAAAAAAAUUAUAUCUAUCUGUGAUUUAAUCAAAAUUUUUGAUGUAUAUUUUCUCUAAAAAUAUCUUAAAUAUUAUUAUAUAAAAUUAAACAAUUAGAAGUAGUUGAUUGAUGAAAAUACUUUGAACUUUUCAUAUUUAACGGACUCUACACACAAAAAAAAAUAAAAUAUCAAUUUUUAAAAAUGGAAGUUGAUUGUUUUCUAUAUUCUAACUUCCAAUUUCUUUAACCAAAAAUUUAGUCUAAAUAAAAUUAAUAAUUAUUGUAAUUUUUAAAUUUGAACAUAGAUUUUAUUAAAAUUUUUUCUUAUAUUUUUGUGUGAAGACUUCGUUCUAUCAAAAAAAAAAUAAUGGAAAAUUGAUUGUACAAAUUUCCGUGAUACCAUCGAUUUUCCAAGUGAUAUUUUUGUUGAUUUUUUCGUCAUAUAAACAAUGAAGUGCAAUUAGAUGGUAUAUACAUACAUAUAUAUUUACAUCAAUAUUACUUAGUAUAUAAGAUAUAUUGAAUAUAUUAUAUAUUUGAAAAAAAGGAAGCUAUUUUGUUUUUUGAGAGAAAAAAGAUUGACUCCAGGUAGAGUUUUAAAAAAAUGCUUCAUUUUCCCCUUUCCUCCAUUUCAACAACCGUCAGAUUACGACCAACCAUUACCAAACCGACUCCGACAGUUAUAAGCGUUAUUUCAAAAAAAUAUCAUUCUAUACCAUUCGUAUUAACAUCUACAUAUAUAAAUAUAACAUUUUCCAUCUUCAUUAAGUAUCACUUAAAACAAAUAUUUAUUGUAUGAUAACAUGGAAUUGAAAAAACAACGAUUAUACAACAAUGGAAAAACAUUGAAUUUAAAUUUCUCUUCAAAUUGCCUUACUGAAGAUACGAAUGCAUGUUACCAUGUGGCAACCGCGCGCCAUAUUGUUUAAACUGAAAUCCUUUAAACAAUUACAAUUACAAUCUUUUUUGUAUCCUUUAUUGAAAUACAACAGUUUUUUUCUAUAAUAAUAUUUAGUUUCUGGUUCAUUAAAUGAAUAUUUUCAAAUUCUCUUACGAUUUAUUAUGUUGAAAACAGCUUUUUCUUCUUCUUUUCACGCCGUUUUCUUAUUGAAGGUUGGCGACCACGUUUUUAAAUGCGUCUCUAUCCCUCGCAACAUUUAACAAUUCUCCGACGCUUGUCCAUUCUGCAUUAUGUUCUGUAGCAGUAGGUAUUUGUCGUUUCUUAUCUUAAUAAUUGUCUUUUGCGACUAAUGCGUCUUAGUACUUCGUCGUUGAUGACUCUAUCAGUACUUGGUGUCUUCAGGAUGGGUCUAUAGAGCCAUAUCUCAAGUUUUUUGAUCAUUUAUGCUUUCAAGGUCCAAGUUACCAGCAGUACUGAUCACACAUAACAUUCCAUGAAUCCUAUUCUGACGUGGAGGUUUAGAUUUCUGUUUAGCAAUUGUCAACAGCUUUCUUUAGCAACCAAUGCGUCUUAGUACUUCGUUGUUGACGACUCUAUCAGUACUUGGUGUCUUCAGGAUGGGUCUAUAGAGCCAUAUCUCAAGUUUUUUGAUCAUUUGUGCUUUCAAGAUCCAAGUUACCAGCAGUACUGAUCACACAUAACAUUCCAUGAAUCCUAUUCUGACGUAGAGGUUUAGAUUUCUGUUUAGCAAUUGUCAACAGCUUUCUUUAGCAACCAAUGCGUCUUAGUACUUCGUCGUUGUUGAUUUUGUCAGUUCAGAAGAAGAAGAAAAUUGAAAUUAGAACUUGUUCUCGAAAUUUUUAUUAAUUUUGACACUAAUACUAUAAGUUUUUGAUCGAGACUACCAGUUGACCUCGGAUAAUUCUCUGACCGCGCGCUCUACGCCCUGUAUUUCGAAAACAGUUCAAAGUAUAAAAAAAU